UCAUACAAUAUGAAGCAGUAAAAACAAAGUACACUCAAAGUAAGUUGUGGAGUCAUUGGAACAAGUUUUCUAACUUAGUUACAAUUAUGUUCGAUAGAGGACGCCACCUGUCUAGCAAUUUGGGCGGUUUAGUCGUUUUGUUACUCCACCGAUGUCGACAUUCCUUCCGUCGUCAUUUGUCCAUUGGUUUGUUUGUUAUGUCAACCCAUGUGUCAACCGCAGUUGAAAUGAGUCGCUCGACGAUCUCCUAUCAGCAGUCGUCUGCGUUAGUUUCUCUCUUUGCUUUGCCUUACGUAUCACGUGCCUCCGCACCGCCCUGUUGCGAGCAGCUGAGUGUCGACGCUACGCGAGUUUCGCGGUCUUCGAGACGGUUCCUUUGAUCCCCGUUAUCACCGCGAUAGACCGCUUCUCCUCAUCGCGGAGUCGGUUUCGGAUGGGCGCCACGCUCGAGCGGAGGACUUGUCGACUUCGUUAACUGGAAAGGAGGGGCACACUUGAAGAAACUCGAACCCGUCGCCGAGGGCAAAAGCAGGAAAAUGUCCUCCGGUACCUAUCAGCGCAUCACGUCCAUCAACGUGGGACCAGCGCGGCACGUGGAGCCCAGCGAGAGCUCUAGCUCGGACAUGGAGCGUCUCGCCUUGGACUGCCUGUUCUUCCGGCGCUUCCGCAGACUCGCUGGCAUCGUGCUUUCGAAUGUCGCCGCAGUGCUUGUGAUGGUUGUGCUGCUCGUCUUGUCCGUCGCGUACGAAGUGAUCGUCUAUCAGGUGGGGCUCACGACAAGCCAGUUCUACGUCGUCCUCGGCAAGAAACACUGGUGGGGUUUCCUAAACCAAACAGCUUUCUGUCUCGGCCUCAUCGCGCUUGUUGCGUGCAUCAAGAGCGCCAAGCAGUACGUGUCGAGCACGGUCACAGUGCAGUGGCGACAGCUUCUCACCAAGCGUCUCCAGGAGCUGUACUUCUCGCGCAAGGUCCACUACCGGGUCAACGUGGUCGAGACGGCAAUCGACAACCCGGACCAGCGCAUCACGCAAGAUGUGGACCGACUCUGUCAAGUGCUCAGCGACAUCGUGCCCACCCUGCUCAUAUCACCCUUCACGAUAGCCUAUUACAGUUACCAGUCUUUCAGCGUCGCGGGGUACAUCGGCCCGCUGGCAGUUUUUGUCUACUUUAUCAUCAGCACGGUUGUGAGCAAGCUUCUCAUCACUCGCGUUGUGCCCAGAGUGUACGAGCUGGAAAAGCAGGAAGGUCGCUUCCGGUACAAGCACGCUCAAAUAAGGGCAAACUCGGAGUCGGUUGCCUUCUUAGAUGGGGAAUUCGCGGAGCUGGACUCGACAGAGGAGCACCUGCUGGAACUUGUCAAGGCGCAGCAGUCAGUCUAUAACCGCCAGUUCCCUCUCAACCUCGGUGUCUACUUCACAGACUAUGCAGGCAGCAUCUUGAGUUUCCUCAUCAUAGCAGUGCCCCUCUUCAGUGGCGCGUACGAUGACAUCUCGACGGCCGACCUCAGUGGGAUUAUCAGCAAAAACACCUUCGUGUCCAUGUACCUGAUCAGUUGCUUCAGUAAGUUGGUAGACUUGUCCAGCGGGAUUUCAACGGUGGCUGGCAACACGCACAGGAUCUCUGUUCUGUUGGAGAGGAUGGAAGCUAUCAACGAGGAGGAUGACCUUCUGGAAAAGAUUAAGCAGGCAAAGAAGCCGCUCGGCGAUGAUGGCACUGACACAGAUGAUGAAGUGGUGCCACAGUUCAUUCUCAAGAACAUGUCCUAUGGAAGUCCGUACGAUGACAACAUCUUUGUCGAAGGACUCACGCUCGAGCUGAGCCCCCCAAAGAGCGUCUUUGUCACUGGACCGAGCAACAGCGGCAAGACGUCCCUGCUGAGGAUACUUAAGGGCCUGUGGUCACCAUCGUCUGGAUCUGUCAUCAGAGAGUUUGGCGGCUCUCUGUUCCUGCCGCAAGUGACGUGGUUUGGGAGCGGCAGCCUCAGGUCCCAGCUCUACUACCCAUACACCCCGCCAAGGACCACACCGCAUGAAGAAGGAGAGAUAUGGAGGCUCAUCGAGUUAGCUGAUCUGGGACACCUUCUCAAGCGAUCUGGGGGACUUGAUUCUUCCCUGCUGCCCAUGUGGUAUGAAUCGCUUUCCCCAGGCGAGCGGCAGAGGCUAAGCUUCCUGCGCGUCCUUUGCCAGAGGCCCAAGAUGGCACUCCUUGACGAAGCCACCAGUGCACUCGACGAAGACACGCAGGUGAAACUUUACCGUGAGUGUCGCAAGCUGGGCAUCGCUACCGUGACAAUCGGUCACCACGCCUGCCUCGAGCCUCUGCACGACACCACCUUGGAACUUCAUGGGGCUGCAAAGGGCGGAACUUGGACAUUGAAAGAAUUGGACCAAACCAAUCAUGUCGACUCUGCUGCUGUUGAUAACUCACACUCUUGAUGGAAUGUCUUGAGGAUUUGUAUAAUUGUGCAGGUGUCGCCCAAGCUGUAACUGCUGCAGUGAUUUGUAUAGUGAUUCCAAUGGGCGUCUUGAUAUGAGCAAAGUCUCACUUGCCAUUCAAGUGGCUCUACUGGAAACUAUCAAGUCAGUCUGGAAUAGUAAGAUGUGGUUCUGAAACACCGAGUAGGUGACCUUUAUUGAGAGCAGAGGAUUAGUGCAAGGAUAGAGGGCAUGAAGUGGAUGGACAUGUACUAUACACUUUCACAUUGGAGCCCUCUUAACACGUUCCUUUUACGAGAGAGACAGGACCUUGGCUUAGUGUGGCCAUCUGAUAGUCGUUAGAAAGACAGAGAUUUCCAAAGCAAAUUUUGAUGGUAUCGGAAAGCGUGAUAAGAAUGUGAGGUUAGGAAACUUGUGUGUGUAAUGCAGGUUUAGGCUGACACAGCACGAAUGUAAACGAAGAAAUCUGAAAGUGCCCCGCUUCCUGUACUGGAAUUACUUGGUCUAAUAACAAUAGAAAGACGAAGUUCACUCUGUUUCAGCCUAGCAUCUUUUUGAGGCUUCUUUCACAGAACUGCCUGAACUUGUGAAAGGACCUUCAAAUCUCCCAUUUCCGAGAAAUUAAAUCACCACCAUCACAGUUUUUGUGAAAGGAAAAUAAUGAGAUAUACUAUUCCAUUUACUCUAUUCUUUUUCUCUGAUAAUAAGCCGUCCUUUUCACUCAAAUAAAUGCUUCAAAUGCUCCAAAAAGGUAAUGGGCUGGCACAGCCUCAUACAGUUUAUUUCUGUAGCGUCCCCUGAAGUGAAAAACUAGCGAAGAUGGGUAGAGGUUUCUGGCUUCUUUGAACGCUCCACUCAAAUCAAAUAAAACAUGAGCAAGCAAAUUAAAAACACCUGUGCUGGAAUAUGGGGCUUUUAACAAAAUUUUCGAAGCCGCUUCACAAGUGAUGACGUCUCGUGCCAUGUUUCAGUGCUCCUAUGGGCGCGCCAGGCAUUCCGAAGCUCCAGAUGCUCAAGUACUCUCAUUUUUUAAUUAUUGGAAGCUUUGGGUUAAUGAAAAUUCCACAGAGGCACCAGUAUAUUAUGGCCCGCAGACAAGUCUAAUCACAUGCGCAGUGGCUUCAAAACUUCUGAUGAAGACUGUAUAGACGUUACUACUGCGGCAAGCUUUUGUUCUAAGGUGUUCAUGGAAACUGCUUUCUUCACCCUUUAAUCCACAAAUUAUUUUCGAUAAAAAGUGUACAGAAUUUACCAACAAUUUUCAUUCCUCAAUUUACUGUGGAUUACAUCCGGAUUUUAAAAAUAUAUGUGCAGUUUGCCUCUUUAAUGACCUGAAAUAUUAGUAAAAGGCAUCUGACCUGAAACAAGGACUACUCUCAGCAUACAUGUAAUGUUUGAAUGCCACUAUCUGAACAGAUGGUAAUAAAAGGAAUCAAAACCUUUAAAGAAUAUAUAAGUGCUGAAACUCAAAUGCAUGAUGCGAACUGAGUAGGUGAGCAAGGAUUGCAUCCAGCAAGCAAAAUAGAGGAAGCUGCAGCCUGGACAAGUGCAGCUUGGGCUUCGUAGUUAAAGGGUUAUAUGGAAAGAAAUUUAACACUCUGAUAGACGGCCUAGCCUAACAGCCACAAGAACAUCACCAAAAGCUCCUGCUCUGUUCAAGAGAUGUGGCAAUGAAAACAUUUUCUUUAAUUAUGGGAAUAAAUUGAUGAAAUUUGGCAUGCAGGUGUAAUUUGUUGUGCUGGUAUCAUAACUGAAAUCAGUUUUGUGCUAUCUGUUAUAGUUUUUGAGUUACAACACUUGACAGCCUCUAAUGAUCGUCCCCAAAUUAAUUGGUUAACUACACAUACGUUCGCCACGAUUUUCAUAUCAGCACGUUCACAAAAGUCCAUUCUGUGCAAUAAGGCUAUUGGUUUAUUAUUUAAAUGCCGAAAUAAGCAUAAAUAAUUUUUUGAACUUUCCUAUGCAUAUUGUCUUAGUAAUGACUUUUGCAAAAAAAAAAACACUAUAAUUUUUUUUUCCGAGGUGCAGAUAAAAAUAGACAGCUUUAUUGCACUCAUCAAUGUUUCAGGAUCUAAGUGGAAAAGACAGAAUGAAUUUGAAAUGGCACUGGGAUGACUGAAAGCAACUGCAGAAAAAAUGAAAGCUGAGAAAACGGGGUGCAAAGUUUCAUUUGUUGUAAACAUUUAAAUAUUUACUUUGAGCACCUCAAACUCGCCUGGGUCCUUUGCCUCCUAGGACACAUUUUCUUUACAUUUUGAUGUAGUUUUUCGCUUCUUUGCAGCAUUUUCGUGCACCUUAGUUGUCUUUUUGAUGUGUCCUGCAGAGGUAGAUGACAGCGCAUUCAGAACGUCCGCUUUUGUAUCCUCUCGUUGCGCAGUCUGUUCAUUAGUGAAAGUUGGAGCUGAAAUCUUCAGCGGAAUGUUCGACUCGAAAACUUGUGCUCUCGCCGACAUCACGUUGCUGUCAUGACCACACACGGACACGCCGUCACCACAGCCCACGGUCACGUCACUAUAGCCCAUGGGCGCAUUGUCAGCGCCGCAUGCAGAUGCGCUUUCCUGGUCACCCAUUUGUGCUGGUCAUGCCUUGUCGACAAGAUCGGCAGCAUCCACUUCUACGAUUAGUUUUCUCCCUCUGUUCCAUGCCUUUCGUGGUCUUCCGUACGCGUGGGCCAUUCAGAACUUGCUUCUUUUGGGGCUCAUCACAGAACACGUGGAUUCAGCUGUCACCAUCAUGCAUCACAUUGAUCAGGACGCGCAGCUCGCUGCUGUGCAAAUGCGCACGAGAGAGGUUCAUCAGCAAUUCAAAUCUACAACAGCCAAUAGGAGCAUGUAUGGUGCUCCAAGUGACUACAGUGCCCAAUCGCAAUGCCGCAUUUGCCUUCUUUUUUGCUCGUGUUUGCUGGUUUAUUUUUCGGUUUAGGAAUAAGUUGCUGUGGCUAUCUUGAGCUCCGGUCUCUCCUCUUUAUGAUGAUGCCAAGGUGGGGGCGCUGCGUCAACGGAUAGCCGAGUGAUCCGUGGUGCGACGGCGCCUUCCGAAGCUCGAUUCUUUUUCGCAAUAUUUGAUAACAGCACUCUAGAAAAGUGCUGUUUUUUUCGAUUUCUAUGGUGUAUUUUGUUAUAAUAUUUCACCACGAGGUAAAUAAAGGUCUGAGGAUUGCGAAAAAAUAGAUAAAUUGGAAAAACGAUAGUUUUGACAAUUUGACCACUUCGAUUGCCACGUCGCCCCGCUCACCAGGAUGGGUUGCUCUGUUUUACAAGCCGUUGUUCUCUUGCCCAUACGUGGACUGCUGAAUAAGGCAAGCAAUCAGCAGAUCAAGCUCAAAGCCAUGCACUCUUGACUAUGGGCUACUACUGAGUGCGGCUUACUUCAACGCAGGGUUUUGUGAUAGCGCUUUGUCGGCUUGUUUCUGCAAAUUGUGCUCUCAUGCUUUUUUGACAUGGAUUCCACUUGUACUUGAGGCGUAGCCCAAUGAGUGAAUUGUACCAAUCUUUUUGUGAUCUUUCUUUUUGUUUAACAUCCAGCAGUUGCCACGGGAACUUGGUCUCUUGAAACUUGUGCAUACCACAUAGUCACCAUUUCUGUGUCCGAUCAUUUCGUAUGCUGCCGACUAUAAUUCGCACUCGUCUCGUACGUGUGUGUCAGACUGUUUGCACCAUGCGUCAUUAAAGGCGUCAAGUUUUCCUGCUGGGAGUGCUACCGAUGCCAAAGAAGUCUCGUGGCCUGUGAUACAGUGGAGGCUCGAUUAAUGCACGGCCCACUCGCAGCUAAAUUUGGCAGUCAAGAACAAUAAGGUGUUCAUUUCGCAUUACUGGGUUGAUUUUAAAAAUACAAUGAGAGAAACAUUAAGCUAGAUUAGCAGAUUUCUGGACUACAAAACAGUGCAGUCUUGCCACAAGUAAGUCAGAUGCCUGGUAAGCAAAAAAACAUGUAGAAAUGCAAUAUGUAGACAGCAUCUGGGCACGGCUAUAAGAGCCUGGAGGUUAGAAAAUAUCCAAAGACAAGGUGGCAACUUAUGUGAAAGUUAAUAUUAUAAUGUGAUCAAAUCAGAUGAAAAUAAAGUGAAACCUGGGACAUGUUGCAGACAUUGACGCUGUGAUUAGAGUUCAGAAUUAAUUAUCACCUUCACCUUUAUUUUCUCUACCAGUAAUCAUUAUUUUUGCGUUAGAAACGGGAACAGAAGUUUAAAAGAUCUUGCCACUCUAAAUUGUUGUAGUCUUUCUCUCAGUGGCCCAUUAGAGUGGCGCAACUUAGGCAAAAGGAAAUGCGUUUUGGAAAUCUUGAAUUCACUGUUAUGUUUGCUUAAUUCUAAGCCAAUAUCUGAAAAUCAGGAGGUCCGAAUAUACAAAAGAAGGUAUCUCCAGUGUAAGCCAAUCGGAAUAUGAACUAAGCUGAAGCAUUGUAGCUUCUUGCCUAAACCACGCUAGUCCAUCUUUUAAGUGAUUGUGUAUGACGCUCAAAAGGUUACUCUCGUGACGUGAGGUCACUUGUCAUCAUUAUUGCCAUUAAGUCAUUAUCACUCUGUUGCUUACUGUGCUUUCCUCUGUUUUGUCUGUGCCUUUUGAAGCUCACAAUUUUUUAUAAGUUUGUGAGAUCAGCUUAAGGCACGUUGAUAUGUACCUGCUGUACAAUCCAUUGCCAUUUUUCAGCCGAUGCUUGGUUGUUAUGAUGGCAUCGAACAAGUUUAGCAGGUGCAUACAUUUAGUCAGUGUUUUAGUGUGGUAAUGUAGCCAUGACCCUUGGAACAGAUUUUGAAAAGCAACUUGAGUGCUUACACCUUACUUUGUAGAACUUUCAAAUCUCAUCCUCAGUUCUAAGCCAACCUGCCAAGUUUUGGCCUUGACAUUUCUUAGAAAGGUUUAGUAGCUUAGGUUUGAGUAAACAUGGUAUUGUUUACAAUAUUGAUUAAUGUAACGUAUAAAGCAGUCCACUUUACUUUGACAGCUCCCAUUGGCAACUUUUUUUAUAUCAAAGCCACAAAAAUGCCUACCAAAGUCAUGCGAAGGAUUUUUAGCAUUGACCAGGUAUCUAUAACACAUGCACAGUACGGCAGCAUUAUUCAUGCUUAGAUUUCUUCUAUUUCAUUUGCAAAGCAUAUUGAUCUCUAUGUUCCCAUUUACAUUUAGUCAAGGUACGCUUGCCCACUUUGAAGUUUUUCGAGAGAAUAUAUAUGUACUGCAAGCAGUAAUCUUUCUUUUGUUUGAAGUGAACAUUUCAGCAUUUUUUGCAUUCCGUACUAUUGUGUGUAACAUGUUCACUUGUAUGUGUUAGCAACUGCCUUUACUGUUCUUCUGUACAAAGCCAAGUGUACAUUCACUAACUAUGGCCAUUGAGUAUCGUUUCUAUUUAAUCUAAAAUGGUACACUUCUAGCCACAGAAAUAUCCCUCCCCAGUCAGAAAAGUUCAGCAGUCCAUUUUGUUUAAUUCUAAAGAAAAUGUAACUGGUCUUAUUUGGUCAGAAUUGUUUCCAAUCUGUUGGAAUUGUGUUUUGAGAUGGAUUAUUUGGGCCCAUCAAAUUCCUGAGACUUGAUUCAGUGUUCUUUCUCUGCACACUUAAUUUUGUAUUAAAAGCAACCAUAUAAAGCCGACAGCGAAGAUCCCAGGAUUAGCAUUAACAAUGUCGUAAGUUUACGUGAUAGAAAAACUUUCAUGUUUCAAACUGAGCUAUUUCAGUAAGUGAAGAUUUUUUGGGAAUAUCAUUGCCUACAUUCAACUUCUUAGAACUUAUAUGUAAGUAGUUCAGUACUGCAGAGGACCAAGUAUGCAGUAUGAUGCUUUAUGCAUGCUCCAACCUUUUUUGCACAGUUGUGUGAGUCUGCACCUACCGAUUUCUUGAAAAGUGGUCGUAGAAUGUUAACCUUUUAGCCAACUCAUUAUACUUGGCAAUGUAUUGCCUAAACCUCCUUAAAGUUAUGGAUCUUUGAGCCAGGACAAGCUUUACCUUGUUUAUCUGAUGAAUUGGUGAGCGCAAACAAGCUAGCCGUGUCCAAUUAUUAAAGUGUUCAUUCAAGGACAUCCUGCAUUUACUAUUGAAGCUCUCUUUUUCUAUAAGGUAUGCCGCUUGAUUGUAUAAACUUCUUAGUCUUUUAUUCGCGCACAUGGUCUACAGGUUGUUCUCCGGUCUGACCAGUUGGUCAGCUUAGCACAGUUCUGUAAACCUAUGUUUAUUGUUCCCUAAACGUCAUUUAAAAAUAGUAAUAGAGAUGUUUACAAGGCAUACUUGUUGUACAGGCAUUCUGUUCUUUAUUGCAUUCCACUUACAAGAUUUAUUUCAGCACCUGCUUUACGAUUUUAUUCUAUAUGUGUUAGUGUCAGUUUUAAAAGACAUCAGUGAAAGUGGCUAUGGUGCAUGGUAACCCUUAGAUAUACAGGACUUCCUAUAAGGCGAAGAUAAAUGGGCCUUGGAAAUCUGUUCGUCUUGUCAGAAAUUCUACUUUAAGAAGCACAUUUGAUUUAUCAUAAACUAAAUGAAGCUUCUUAAACUGUAAGGCUUUAAUAGAACUUUUUUUAAUGAACAGCAAAAGUAAUAUUUAGCUGUGUGUAUCUGCAGAUUACACUUCUAUAAUAUCAAAACAGCCACUAUUGCUUGCAAGGAGGCUUGGUGAGGCAGAAAAGGCACAAAAAUAAAAGACCAGGUGGGCGUCAUUGCCGUGAAAUUCAUGCGUCUCUUCGCAGUGGCAUCAAGGAUUUUGACAUUGACCACACGAACACCGUAUGCACUCGUGCAAUGGUCGCACCCAUGUAAAAACCGCACCCAGAAAUUCAUAAAAAAAAAAUCCCCAAAAACAUAUAUUUAAAAGUUACCCUUGCAUAAGCCAUACCUUUGAUUUUUGAAAAGGUUGGCGGUGUUAUCUGUUGUGUGGCACGAGAAUUCCGAUGCUUUUCUUUUUUUAAUCGGUGGCAAAAUGAGGCAGCUAUGCCGAAUUUUCAGUGCCUCCAGAUAGCAAAAGCACAGCCUUCGAGAUAAGUGGUUGCCUCUGAGACACUGCCAUUGCUGGUCUGUGGGGCAUCACCAAUUUAUUUCAUCUGGCAGGUGACGCACUACGAGAAUAGCCAAGAAUAGCCAGAGCCAGUACAAUCGAGUGCUGUAGUUCAAUAAAGACAGGUACCUCUGAAAAUAUUAACAAAAGGAAUGUUGUGUAUUUUUCUCAGUGUAAUAGCCGCACCCCCAAUCUCACCCCAAAGCUCGGGGAAAAUGACCUACAGCCAUUACACAAGUAUACAUGGUAUAACUGGUUGUCAGCAAAGGGCUACAUUGUAUUCUAAAUUAAUCAAAACUCGCACUAGCACGUUUCGAAAACUUGUGUCAAAACAGCCCAGAUGUGAAAAACAACACACCUUGAAAUUCAUAACAUCACACUGCCUUCCUAGUGUCGAGUUUCGAAAUAAUCUUUUGCCAAUGUAAACUGAUUGAGCAUUGCCCUUUGUGCAGUAAAGUGAGUCUUCUGCGUUGCUGUUCCAUGUAGCACUCCUAGACAGGGACAGGAAUAUAAAAAAUUUAAUUUUAAAUGCAGAAAGGCCGAACAGCUGAGGCAAUGUGCGCUAUGUAAGAAAUCAACCGUGGCAGUGUCACUAUUCACCUUCGCAUGUCUCUUCGGGGAAAAUGAACUUAAGUUCUGUCAUCUCAAAUAACAGUUUGCUCGAACGCACACAUACAUUUUGUAAAACUUUGAAUUCUAUGGGCAGUGACUUCUUGAACAACCUAUCCUAGCACUUGAAGCUCAACCAUAGAAUGUCCCUGGUUGGUGCUACCCAAUCGGUCAGCAAUGUGGAAUUCCAUCGUCUUUACAAUGAACAUAGUUUUAUGAAUGUGUGCAUUCGCUGAUGUCCCUUGCGAUUUCAGGAAGCACAGAACAGUCUUUCUAGUCAACAAAAAUGUAGUAUUAGUCUUAUUGGUGCUUCAGCCUUCAUUUUGCAUGAAAUAAGUACGAAAGACAGGACCACUACAAUUAGCCUUUGUGUGCAUUGUCCUGGGGCUCUAUUCAGGGUCGAUCACUUUCAGUGCGUGCUGAUUGGCUAAGCCAAUGAAAGGAAAAAUGACCAUCACUCCAGUGAGGUGCUGUGCGAAAUGCCACUUAUCGCCACAAAUGAUUGAUGUUGAAUACAGCCCUGGCCUUGUCUCCAAUGUCUACUUCAUGCCAAAUCAAGAACAGUUCCACAAGAUCAAACACUACCAAAAGUACCAAAGCCUAGCAUACAGAGGCAUUGUACUUUGCUUUUUGUACAUUGUAUUUAAAACCACAGAUGCUUCAGAACAAAUGUUUGUGCUGGACCAGGUGGCUGUUUGUAAAGCAAAAAUCCAAGGCAGUCACUUGUUCUGUGGCAUUAGAAUGCUGCAAUGUUAGUGGUUGUGAAAGACAACACUUUAGCAACUUGUUGCUUUUUGUUGUUUCUAUGCUUUAAAAGCAAAUGCGAGUCACCUUGUAAUUUUUUUCUUACCAGUGUUUUACAUUCCAUUUACGUGUCACGGAUUUGGGUCUCAAUUUUUUCUGUGCCAGAUUCAAAGAACGAAACUGUCUGGUGUACAUUGCUGUGAAAACCUUUGUACAGCCCACGUGAUGCGCUGCCUGUCGUUUCUGACUUAGUUGGCAGGAACCUGCUUUAAUUGUUCAGCAUUGCCUUUUGUUUGACAUAGGUUUACUGCAGCCUGCCAUCAGCAGGAAAACUAAACACAAUCUGAAAGAAAGGGAACACCUCUUAUGCAUCAUUAUUACCGUGUGUGACUUGCACUUGCUACACAGGUGGUUGGUGGACAUGAUAUUGUCUCAAAAUCCAGCAGCAAAAUCAUGGUUGUAUGUCACAAGCGUUGGAGAAACUUGAAAUGCAAAUAUUUAAAUUAGCUUUGACUUGUGCAUGUAUUGCCUGUGUUUCAAUUUGUGUAGAUGGUGCAAGUCAAUAAUGAACAGAGUAAAACGUUAUUGUACCCUGUAUAUUGAAUGUACCAGGCUGAAGAACUUAAUGUAAAAACCUAAAAUUACAGAGUUUCUUUAUUAGAUUGUUUUAAUGGCGAAAAUUCUUGCUGCUUGAAGUUGGCAGCCACUCUACUGUCUAAGGUAUUGUAGGCCUGGUCAUUGUAGUGCACUGGCUUGCUUCACAGUAUAUUAGCUAUGUAGAAAGUAUAAUAUUUUACAAGGUGACACGAGUGCUAUACUAUAAACAUGUGCCGUUUUAUGUAUGGCGUGCAUUGUACUUUAUUUGCUGCUUGUUUUUAUUGCAUGGACAUUGUGAUGUUCUAUGUCUAGUCUGUGCAUUGCAUGACAUUCAGUCAUUUCUUUAACUCUCCAGUACUGUUAUAUAUGUUAUUGUGUGAUUUAGCUACUGGUUUGUCAGGGUUUUACGUACACUGCUUUAGUAUCUGCCAUCUGCUGUGAAAAUGCCUGUUCAUUUGCAUGUAAUAUUACUUGCGAAUGGCACUCCUAAGUUGCCUGGGAAACACCUGGUGUGCCCACGAGACAUAUUAAGUGAGAUGCAGGAAACUGUAUACAAAAAAGAGGGAACAAUUAUAUACUUGCACUGCCUUUGUCUUUGCAAUUUUGAAAUAUAGCUGUUUUUCAUUUCUUGCCUUGA